GGUCAGCUGCUUCAGGUUCUCUCCAGACUCUUCCCCUUCAAGCGUGGCCUGUGUCACUCCUACUGGGCUCCCAACUUCUGGGCUCUCUACAACUUUGCAGACAAGGCAGUCACCAUAACAGGUUUGAAACUGGAGUUGUUUUCUGCCGAGAGCCUUCAGGAUCAGCAGGCCUCGAUGACCGGUGGUCUGGUGCAGGAAUACCAGCACACAGUCUUGCCUUCUGUACCUCCCGUAGUCACGCUGGUGCUCACGGUACUAUCAUCACUCCCAGCCUUGCUUCACCUCUGGAUACCAAGUGGUUCCAAGGGUUUCAUACGUUGCCUCAUACUCUGUGCCUACAGCUCUUUCAUGUUUGGGUACCACGUGCAUGAGAAGGCUAUCCUACUUGUCAUCAUACCACUCAGCCUCCUAGCCAUGGAAAGUUUAAAGGACGCCCAGGUCUAUCUCAUGGUAUCCACUGUGGGUCACUACUCCCUGUUCCCACUGCUCUUCACACAAGCUGAAACACCGAUUAAAGUCUGCCUGAUGUUGGCUUGCACAAUCUUCAGUGUCAUUGGUACAACCAACAUUCACAGAUACACCAGCAAGAUGCCCAACCUGAUUCCGAGCGUCUCCAUGCUAUCCACCACUGAAACUCUAUACGUCCUCGGUCUGGUACCACUCUUCAUCUACAAGAACCUCCUGCACAGUCUGGUGCCGUCACUGCAGAGAUACGAGUUUUUACCGUUGAUGCUGACGUCGGUAUAUUGCGCUUUGGGCAUCACCUAUGCCUGGAUUAAACUAAAUGUGGUUACGUUGGGGAGAGGGGGUGGGAGACAAGACAAAUCCAGUUGAAUUUUUUUUUUUUUUUUAUUAUUUUUUUAAGUUGAUAAAUUUAUAGACAGAGGGGUAAAGGCAGAUAUGUGUGUUUUGGUUCAAACUGGUUUUGAGUGGUUUUCUACAUUUUCUGCUAAUUGAAAGUUUCAAUUUGGAUAGAAUUUAAAGACUUUACUGAUAAUCGUUUAGACCAAUUUAGGACUCUACAGUCCAUGCUACUGGUACAUUACAUUGGUUUUAGUAUUUGAUUUUUUUAGGAUAAAUACCUCGGGAAGUAAAGGAAAACUAUUUAUCCUGAUGGCAUUGAAAAUGGUCUUUAAAGAGGUGAUUUUGUUGUUUAAACCUUGAAUGUUCCAUUGAUCAAAACGGUUUAUUUAAAAAAAUGGCAACUCAAUCAUAAGUGAUCUGCUUUCAUUAUGUUACAAAAUUUCUUGUCAUUGGCAAUUUGAGGAAGGGAAAAAAAUCACUAACUAACCCCGUGGCAGUUUGCUUUAACUUGGAUUGUUUCUUGUUUUGCUUUUUGUCCGAGUAAAUAAACAAAAGGUUUUAUCCUUGACACUCUAGUAAUAAUAA